UUUUUUUUUUCUUUUUUUCAAGUUUUUCAAAAUUUAGAGAAUGUCUGUUAUACUAAAAGAUCUUAACGAUUAUAUUGCACCUUCACAGGCUUGUAUUAAGCCUGUUGAAGUUAAUAAAACUUCAGACAACAAAAAUAAUGUCAUUAAAAUUGAUGACUCGGGUGGAUAUUAUGAGGUUUCUCUUGAUGGUAUUGAAACUAAAUUACAAACAGCACAGAUCACUCUUGACGAUUGUUUAGCAUGCAGUGGAUGUAUUACUUCAGCAGAAAGUGUUCUUAUAACAAUGCAAUCUCAGGAAGAAUUAUACAAUGUAUUAAAAUUAAAUAAAGAAGCGAUUGAUGGGAAUAAACUUGAUGAAAAGAAAACUGUUGUUAUUUCAAUAGCUCCUCAAUCUAUUGCUUCUAUUGCAGCAAAAUAUGAUUUAACUCCGUUACAGGUAGCGAAAAGGUUGACAUACUUCUUCAAAUCACUUGGAGUCCAUUAUGUAUUUGAUACUUCAUUUUCACGGGAUUUUUCAUUACUAGAAAGUGCUCGUGAAUUCGUAGAGAGAUUUCGAUUUUAUCAAGAAAAACAACAAAAAAAAGAUCCAGUAAAUAAUGACGUAAAAUCAACAAGAAUAAAACGUAAUGGAACAUCAGGAGGUGGUGAUGAAGCAAUGAGUGAAGCCAAAUUACCAAUGUUAGCAUCAGCAUGUCCUGGAUGGAUUUGUUAUGCUGAAAAAACUCAUGGAUUUAUUUUACCAUAUGUUAGUCAAACUAAAUCACCACAACAAAUUAUGGGAUCCGUUGUAAAGGAUUAUUUGGCAAAUAAAUUAGGAAUUAAACCUAAUAAUAUUUAUCAUGUUGGCGUUAUGAUGUGUUAUGAUAAAAAAUUGGAAGCAUCAAGACCAGAUUUUUUUAGUGAAGAAUAUCAGACAAGAGAUGUUGAUUGUGUUAUAACGACAGGAGAAGUCGUUAAAAUGUUUGAAGAAAGUGAUUAUGACAUUAAAACAAGUGAAGAAUCUUCAUUAGAUAAUUUUACUAAAACUUCACAAGAAGAGGAAUUAUUAAGAUCUUCUGGUAGUGCAUCAGGAGGUUAUUUAGAAUUUAUUCUUGAAUAUACUGCUCGGGAAAUAUUUAAUAUUACUGGUGUUGAUGUUGAUAAAGAACAAGGAGUUAUAGUUAAAGCCGGUCGUAACAAAGAUUUCAAAGAAAUUACUCUUGAGAUUGAUGGAAAACCUGUAUUAAAAUUUGCAUCAGCGUAUGGAUUUAGAAAUAUACAAAAUCUUGUUCGUAAGAUUAAGAGUAAUAAUUCACCAUAUCAUUACGUUGAAGUUAUGGCUUGCCCUUCUGGUUGUAUAAAUGGAGGUGGACAAUUAAAACCAGAUGAAAAGAUUCCUAUAAAAGAUUGGAUUUUACACGUGAAUGAUAUUUAUCGUAACGUUAAUUCUCUUUCACCCGAAAAAAAUGACGUCGUUUUAAAUUUGUAUAGCGAGUGGCUUGACGGUAUUGAAAGUGAGAAAUCUAAAAAAUUGUUACGUACUCAAUAUCAUGCCGUUGAAACUACUCUUGUAAAUCCCUUGGCGGUUAAAUGGUAGAUAUUAUUUAUACUGUACGUGAAGAAAGAAGUACUAGUUUGGUGAGGAGACAUAUACCUAUUCAACUAUCAAAAGCAAUUCAUUUAAAAUAUAGAGGGUUUUUAUUAAAUAGAAUAUUUCUUAUUAAAUAUAUAUAUAUAUACAUAUUUUUUUUAUGAGAAAUCCAUCUCUAAAUGCUCUAUUGAUGAUUUAUAUUAGUUGUACCAUAAUUUAUGUUUAAUUA